ACAGGAAGGGCCGGUGUUUACAGGCACGACACAGGAAGUUCUGGUGAGGGAGAAGAGUGUUUUAGAAGCUUUCAAAACAAAAAUGAAACCAACUCAUCUGUUAUAAACUAAUAUGUUAUUGAUGUAUAUAGAAAUGUAAGUAUCGAAAUUCUUUACAAGCUACAGAACCACCAAUUAAGAAAAGCUCCCGGAAGAGCAAAACCGUACAGCGCGACCGAAGUUCUGAUCAGUAAAAAACAAAAAAAUAAAAACUAAAAUUUAAAAAAUAAAUAAAUAAACACCAAGCAAAGUGCUGUGUUGCCAGUGAAAUGGGUUCAGAGAGCAGUGCUCUUAAGAGCUGCACACUGGAAGAGCCCCUUCUGACGCUGCCAUCUGGACUCACAAUCUACCCGGCUGUCUUAGAGGAUCGAAAGCUUGCCUCAGUCUUUGUAUACAAGCAGGAAAAUGAGGAUAAAGUCACCAAAGCUGCCAAGCAUCUGAAAACCCUGCGCCACCCCUGCCUGCUGCGCUUCUUGUCCUGUACAGUUGUAGCUGAUGGGAUUCACUUGGUGACGGAGCGUGUUCAGCCCUUGGAGCUGGUAAUUGAAAUCCUCUCUGCAGAAGAAAUCUGUGCCGGGAUCUACGACAUAUUACAAGCGCUAAUCUUCCUUCAUGACCGAGGUAAAUCAAGUCACAAUAAUGUGUGCAUCUCAUCAGUCUUUGUGAGUGAAGAUGGCCACUGGAAGCUUGGAGGAAUGGAGACAGUUUGCAAAUUCUCAGAAGCUUCACCUGAGUUCCUAAGUAACAUUCGGACUGUGAGAGAACAAAAUGCCAUUCCACCUGAGGAAAAGGCUGAAGGCUUUACGACUCUGCCUGACAAAAAUGGACAUGCUCGAGAUGCCUAUUCUUUUGGAGGAAUGGUGGAAAACUUUCUACCAAUGCUGAGUGAUUAUGUUUCUGAAGAGCUGGCAACAGGCUUCCAGUGCACCCUUCGGAGUAACUUUCUGAACCCUGAUCCUUUAGCUCGGUUACCCCUUUGCAGCCUGUUGUCCCAUGAAUUUUUCAGGAAUGAGUUCUUGGAAAUCAUGAACUUCCUGAAGAGCUUGACUAUAAAAACUGAAGAGGAAAAGAAUGAAUUUUUCAAAUUUCUCCUGGACAGAGUUCAGACACUGCCUGAGGAGCUGAUUUCUACUCGACUUGCCCAUAAGCUGUUGAAUCCGUUGGUAUUUGCAGAGCCUAUAGCAGUUAAAUGUUUCCUUCCCCAUCUUCUCAUGCCAAAGAAAGAUCCAGUUGGUAGCAGCCAGGAUUGCCUCCUGUCGGUGUCUCUUUACCGUAAACAUGUAAUCCCCCAGCUGCUGAAACUCUUUAAAGUUCAUGAGGAGCAUGUUAGGAUUGCGUUGCUGUCCCACAUUGAAUUAUAUGCUGAAUUUUUUUCACAUGAUGAUCUUAAGAACCAGAUACUACCACAGGUGUUACUUGGAAUGAGAGACACUAAUGAUUGCCUAGUAGCUAUUACCCUCCAGAGCUUGGCAGUGCUAGUACCCUUGCUUGGAGCUGAGGUAGUAGUCGGUGGAGGAAGAACAAAGGUCUUCAAACGUACAACACCCAACUUCACCAAGUCAACAGAUGUCACACCUGAAAGCUCUCCAGUUCACAUUAUUAAUAGCUUCAAAACACUGGUGUCCCAGCCAUCAAAAAACACCAUGAAGCUGCAUUCAAAACCGUCUGAAACAAAAGAGCUAGUCCUGGAAAACAUGGCUUCCCUGGAGCAAACAGAGCAGUCUACACAUUUUCAUGUGCCAGCUGAAGCUGAUAGUAAACCUGACAUGAAGUUUUCAUUAAACGGUUAUACUGACAAAAGUGCUGUUGCCAUUGUUGGAGAGGAGGGUGUGCAAAAGAUUGCUAGGACUGUGGAAGAAUGGCCAGAUUGGAGUGAUGCUGAAGAGACAGAAAAAGAGAACAUUGUAGAAAUACAUAUUUGUUCUGAAGAAAACCAGAUAAGAGGUAGCAAAACCAUGGGUGGAGAAGCUGAACCUUGGGAUGACUUUGAGCCUUGUAGCGAGGUUUGGGAGAGUACAGACAAUCUUUCUACUUUUACGUCAACAUUAGAUGCAACAAGUGAAAUCAGCCAAUCUUCUGAACCCACAAGGCAAUCCAAUACCCUGAAGCUCAGUUCAGCACAAAAAACAAGAUCUGAGAACACAUUAGGUUCUGGGACCAAUGGCUGGAACCAGAAUCAGGUAUCGCCACUGGAGGCACAACAGCUCCCCAUGAAACCACAUCCAGUAAAAAAAACUUCAGGUGCUGGUUUAGGAGAAGAAUUCACAAUAGACAUAAAAAAGAAGCCAGAGAAAGAUCCUGAACUGGACUUCUUUGCGGACAUGAUUCCAGAUAUUAAAUUGUCUUCUGCAGCAUUGUUGGUUAUACCUGAAAGGACAGCACCAGCUGAGAUUGAUACAUCACUAAACGUGCUUGCAUCAAAGUUUGCUGCUGAUUUGACUGAAGCAGAUGUUGCAGGAUGGGGAAACGAUGAUGACCUAAACUGGGAAGAUGAGAACAACUGGUGAGAGUAUGUGCACCAUAAAGUCAUACCCAGAGCCAGGACAUUGCACUUUGUCAUGAAGUCCCGUAAAUAAAUAAAAAAAAAAAAAAAAAAAAAAAAAGACUUGGCAUUAGAUGUACUGCUUCGUAAUGCUUACUGUUGCAAUUCUUUCACUCAGUGAGCUGCUGCUGCACAUGAGCCAAGUUAAUGCACAGUAACAAGUCAUCUUUCCAUUGAAAGAAAGCAUUGCAUUUCUCUUUGUUAAAGACAGGAACUUAAAUCUCAAGAUGGAUUUUAUAGUGACUGUAUUCAGUUUUAGGCCAAAUUGUGCUCACUUUCUUCUCAACUACUACUUUAAUUUGUGCCAGACAGGUCAAUAAGGUAGAUUUGACCGAUUUGAGUCUAAUCAGUUUAAAUUUGGAUAUUUAUCCGCUGAAAAUAGGAUACAGACAAUUCAACAAUAUGUAAUGUUGGUGGCUUGCUUGCUUUUGGGGUGUUUGAAAUGAUAAUGCUGGAAUGUAACUUUAGAACUAGUGGUGAGAAAAGAGCUUAUAAUUGUAACAUAGGCAUAUAUGAACUUGUGUUUUUUUGUGCCAUAUUAUUUCUUUUACAUUAAUCACAGAACAAGUUCUAAUUUGAGUUUUAAUUUGAUGUUUCCAAAGGGAAAAAAAGAAUGACUGUAUAUUUUUAAUUUGGGGAGAAAUUGCCCUGUGUAAUUUAUUUGUGUUUACUGUUGAUGGAAUAAAUGAUUCUACCUGA